UUAUGAUUAUUCAAGUUGAUAUCGGGAUUAGUUUAGUCUUGAACAUUAACCUUUGAGUAAUAUGAUUUUAUCAAUUUUGUAUCUUUCUCUGCAGGUUACGAUAAUUCCAUUUGACCAUGAAUUUAUUUCCAGAUUAGCAUCAAGUACAUGUAAAAGAUUGAAGGUCCUCUGACGUAAUGAUGACCAACCUGAAAGACUUUGUCUCAAGUUUAAAAGAAGAGAGCUCAAGUGAAACGUGACUUUACCAAGGAAUAUCGAAAGCGGCAGGUGGAAGACAUGGCCACUGGCCAGCCGUAUAGGGUUCGCUACCCUAAUUCACAAAUUGGCCAACAGAUAUAUGAUACCCGAACCCAUUCUUUUGCUACUACUCGGGGCCAUCACCCACCCAACCUAACACACUCUGUAACUAGUGCCUUCAGACCUGCAGGUAUACCUCAAGUGCCUUUACAGCAACGUUUGGUAUCGCCAGGAGUCAUUCCAUCCAAUCAAGAACAAUACCACCAGCAACAAACAGUGCCUUCUGGUGGCAGUGGAAAACAUGCUAUGCAACUUGGUCAGCAUCAGAAUCAGCAGCAUUUCUUCCAGAACCUGCCAUCGUCCACCCCAGCUAACAGAUUUCAAGAGAUUUCUGUGGAUGCUUAUCAAAGGGAGUCGCCCAAUUCUGCUGUGCAAUCUGUUGCCCAAGUCCAGUAUCCUCAUUUGAUGCGUCGAUACCAUUCCAUCAAAGAGACAGAUGACAGCGAAGCACUUCAUCAAGAACUGCGCAUGCUGCAUGCUGUGCAUUAUCAAGAUGUUAACAGAAAAGAUGAGCUUGUGGACACCUACUGGAAACAAAAAAUUGUCUUGGACAAUAAACAAUUGGCACAGGUAUCAGGAGCUCAUCAGACAAGAUAUGGGCCACAAAUUAUAUCCAAUGGUACAGUUUUAAGAAAGAGGGUACUUGAAGAUACACGUGCUCAUGGACAACAAGCACAGGCGAUGUACUUACCAAGACAGGGAGAGUUGUAUCAAGAAAGGAAAAAUGAGUUACCCCUCGACUCAGUUAUCUCUCCGUCCCAUCCCCUAAUGGCCCGAUAUCCUCACGCACAAUCUGAGACACGGGUCAAAAUCGAUAGAACCAUGCAGUCUCAUGUUCCUCAUCUUGUGCAAUCUAUCAGACAUGGUGUCUCAAGUCCCAACAGUUCAGCUGGUAUACCUAGAAAUUAUCAAAGAUAUCAUCACAAAGAAAGGUAUAAUGUUCCCCAACAGUUUGAAACUAGAAGUCAGGGAGUUAUGAUGCCACACCAGAGUGUACAGCCUGUACACCAAGAAGUAUUCCAGAACCAGAGACUGCAUAGGAAUUUACCUCCACAGAUUCAUACUACCAACAUGAUGAACUCUGAAGUUAGACUUAAACAAGAAACACAGCCAAAUGUGUCGGUACAGUAUAGUCGAAAUGUUGGUAUGAUGCCUAAUAGCAUUGAACAAAUGACUGUAAAAGCACAGAUGAGGCAAGUAAAUCAGUUGCAGACCAUGGGCAAUAUGAUGGCAGGACAUAUGCACAACAGCAAUCUUUCAGGACAGAUUAUGAGGAACAGGAUCUGUGAGGAUGUAGAUAAAAAGAUUUCUACUGAUGAUAUCAGCAAUGAAAACAGAAGGUUGUCUAAAAUGGCAGUUUCCAUAAAGGAAGAACAAAGGCAACUAAAGGAAGUCCUGGAAAAAUCGCUUCAUAGAGCAGCUGUUCAAAGCACUCAGAAGACUUCCCUGGAGAGUUUAAGAAACUCAUCAAGUUACAUGAUUGCCAAUCCACCUUGUGGAAAUGAAUCAAUGCCUAGAAUAGUUAAAGUACAGAGUUUAGCAGAGCAAGAAUCAAAUGGUGCAGCAACAGGAGCACAAUCAAAUGCCACAAUUGGAAUUUCUGUUGGAAUUCCAAGAGGAGAUGGAUUAGGAGUUAAUCUGAAACCUUCCAAACCCAAAUCAGCCAUGAUAAAAGCACACCAAGAGCUCCAGGAAGUACCUUCAAAUGUCAAUAGAGUACCUUCUAUAGGAAGCUUAGAUAGUGAUAGUGGUCGUAAAGAUUCAUGGGAUAGUGGUAUUGAGUCACCACCUUGGCCUGAAAACCGAGAAGCGUGUGUGAUGAAUAUGAAAAGAGCUGCCUCAUGUGAUGAGAAGGCAUCUCAGAGUAAUCUCCACCAAAUUCAGAGGGCGAAAGUGAUAGAAAGAAAAUCAUCUCACAACUCGUUAUUGAAUACUGGAUUGGAUCUGUCUGCACAGGAUCUUACAAACAUUCCAACCGAGAGAAAAUAUUCAGUACCAAAUCCCACGACCAGCAAUGUAGAUGUUUUGUGCAAUUCGUCAUUCAAAACUUUAAAUGGAAAUGCACAGCUUGUGGUUGAUGAAGAAGAAAAGAAGAAUAUUCCAGGAGGGCCAGUCAGAUGGAUGAAUCGUAAGAGGAGCCUACCCACCGAUGGUGUAUGCCCUGUAGUACCUAAGGUGAUGAAUCAGAACCCUCAAGCAGUUGCUUUUUCCAAGUGUAUGAGAGCAUGUGUUCCAGUCGAGGAGGCAAGAAAGUCUUUUAAAGGUCAAACAGUGAAAACCAUGAUUGUUCAAGAUGAAUGUCCAUUAGACUUGUCAUUGAAGAAAGACCAGGAUGAAACUUGCAGUGAGAUUACAGAAGUCCAGUCAAAUGAGAAUGAGGUCACAAUAGAGCAGAAACCAAAUAUAGACAACCCUGAAGAAGAAACAGAAAUAAACAGUAAUAAACUUAAGAAGGAAGAGGCAUUUGAUGGAGAAGGAAACAAGGGUCCAGAUGGUCAAGAGAGUGGUAUUCCAGGUCCUGAAAAUCAAAUGCAAGGAUACUUUGGUACAAUAAUGAUGCGUGCUCUGCAAAGAUUAUGGUCUGAAACAAUAACUAAACUUGAUGGAGAGGAAGCAUCUAAAACCAAGCUAGAAAGUAUUGACAGUAGCGAUGAGGAUUCUGGAAAGUACUUCCAGCCUUCUUCUGUUACAACGUUGAAGAACAUACCACAAGUGGACAGCCCGGUUGGAUCAGUACAUGCUUUGGGGCAUGAACUUAUGAAGAAUAUGCCUUCUCGCUGCAGUUCUCCCCAUGCAUUAGAAGUUGCUCUAUGUGAACUAAUGCAGCAAUCCUCAGGAGCUUUUAGACAUGGGGGAGAUAUCUUCCAGCACUUUGAUAGUAUCAUCAAACGAGAGUUGAUGAUAGAAAUAGAAAAACAACCCUUAAAGUGUAAGGAUGAAUCUAUAACAGAAACCAAACAGGAAGAGGAUUCAUCACUUACUGAAUCUGAUCUUAAUGAAAUGAAACCAGAUGAGCAAGCUAGUGAAACCAGUGUUCUUGGUGAUGGAAAUUCAUCAAUCAUGCUUGAUAGAGAGGAAGAAGUGGAUGAUUCACAGAAUCUUGUAAUUGUGGAAAGCUCUAUGUCUCCGAAGUCUUUACCAGAUACUCACGCAACUGAAGAUAAAAUGGAACAUACCCCAGCCCCUGCUCCCAUUCUAAAAUCAUUUGGGUCACCUACACCUGUAACUGUAGAAUCUCCUGUUCGUGAAUCUUUCAUGUCUCCUGGGCAGAUGUAUGCAAAAGCAGCAAGAGAAGCUGCACAGAAAGCAGCAAAGGAAGCUGCCAACAAAGCAGCAAAGGAAGCCGCCCAUAAAGCUGCGAAUGAAGCAGCUAAAGUAGCAGCACAAAAGGCAGCUCAGAAAGUAUUACCAGUGACAGAAGAUGGGGUCUCACAAGUACAAAGUGGAUGCAGAUCAGGUGGGGAUGCCAAUGGAAUUGAUAUAAUCUCAUCAGAAAGAAGUUCACUUAGAAAGACACCCCCUGGACCUUCUGGCCCACUGAAGCCAAAUUCUAGCUUGUAUCAUAAUGCACAAGGAGACCAGAGGUAUUCUCUUCAACUCCAAAACAUUCAAAGAUCACCAGCAGUGUUUGUCAACCAACCUCAAGCACCAGCUCAUCAAAGGCCACAGUUCAUGGGUCAAGACAUUCCAACUGUGGUUGAUGGGGAAGAAGCUGCUAGAGAUACAUGUAGUCGUCCUCAUGCCCUUGUAGAAAGACGAUCUAGUGAAUCUGCUAUUUUCAAACAGAAUGGUACAAAUCUAUCAAAGAAAGACAAAUUGCAAAGAAUGACGAGUGAUGAUUCUUUGAUUAAGGACUCUCUUAAGAAUUAUCGGACUAUUGCUCCAUCUAACAAGCAAAUCACAAAAGGAAAUAGCCACCAUGUUAUGCCUCAAACAGUUUGGCAAGCACAAACACAGGAUGAUAAUGCCAAUAAGGUCAGAUUAGUGAAAGUGGCAUUCAACAAUACUAUUCCAGUUCAGGCACCACCGUCUGUGUCCAUUGUUCCAAAUGCUCAAUAUAUUCAGAAGCAGCUUCAAAGGUCACCCAUUGUUCUCCUACCUAAAUUGGUGUGUGUUGCAGGACAGACUUAUUCCGAGGUGACACCUGACAGUGGGACACAAACUUGCUCACCAGGGAACAUUGUUCCUCAAAAGGACAAUAAAGAAAGUGUAAACAGUACUUCACCAGUACUACCAACAGUUUCAGUUCAGGUUCCUUCAAAUGAUUCUGCUUCUGUCAAAAGCAGUAACCUCCCACUGGUAAGACCUCAACGUAUGCACGUCGCAGAGAGGGUUCAUUCCCCAGAGCUAAUAGACACCGUCAUUGGUCCCUUUCACAUCAUACAAAAGCCGCCAGUAGAACAACCUUCUUCAAAGAAGCCUUCAGUCAGCGCUUUCAUCAUUAUUUACAAGAAAAUUAGUCUGCCAGGUAUUCUUCGAUCAGGGGUGCCUUUUGUACCACCUCGGUUGUUGCAGAUUGGUAUUUUCCCAAAGGAGACCUUUGAAGAAUUUUGCCAUGCUCUUCAGGAUUGUAACAUCAUGCAGCGUUACAUGACUGUACUUGAGAGAUCAGCCCUCUUUACAGAUCUGAAGCACAACAAGAUAUCAAGCUGCAAAUUAGUAUCUUUGGAGGAGUUUGAUCAGAAAUAUGAAAACAUCAAAGUGCUGAUGCAGAUCAGCAAGAUGACCUGAAAUUCUGUGGUUAUCACUUUUGCAGAUGAAAAUUGUGAAUGGGUCACUUUUUCAAUGCAAAGGGCUCAUACUGACAAGAUGAAGUCUGUUUAUACCAUAACUGCAUCAGAAAAUCUCUACAAAAAAAAGAAUUCAGCAGAUCAAAAAGAAAAAAAUGUAUCUUUUGAUGUUUGACUGUUCAUCACUGAAGUUUCUUCAGAAAAUAGCCACCAAGAAGGUACUCUUGAAUUAAAAAAGUAAUUGUUUAAAGUUACCUUGAUAAUAUUCAACUGGAAUAUGCUCUUGCCAAUGUCAACAUAUACUGAAAUUUGUAGAGAGAUCAUUAGGCAACACAAAGACGUGCAUGCAGUUCAACUGCUACCUCUUUGACUAACAUUCAACGUAUGCUGAAUUGAAUGACCUUUAAGGACUGAUGUUAAAAAAAGACACCUGGAAUACUCCUAUCUAGAUUUAAAAAUAUGAUAUGUUGAAUCAAACAGUCAAUAGUGACUGAGGCUGAUAUAAAAAAAAACAAUAACUGAAAUAUCUAGAUAUCACAUUUCAAUUCAGAUAUUAAUAUGUUUUAAAUAUAUUAAAAUGAAAAACCGAUAAAGAUGCCGAUAAACAAAAUUGAACUGAUAUGUCGUUAGAAUAAAGACCAACUUGUUAAGGUCUGUAUAGAGGCUAGAUAUAAUCUGCAAGAUUAUAAAUCAAACAAUAGUGAUUUAUCACAAACACUUGUGAGGAGACUCAGAUUCCACCAAAAUUUCUUACCAUUUUGAUUGUUAAUGUCAUGAUGAUUAUAUAUUUUGACCUCCACUGAGUUAUAUGGGCUCAGAUGUUUUGUGUUAAGUGAGUUCCUAAAGAAACUGACCAAAGCUUACAAGGGCUCUGUACAAAUUCCACUCAGUCAAAAUGAACAAUAUUUUUACGCAGGCUAGCUUAGAUAAUCUUUACUAAGCACACACCUGUAAUUAAGAGAUUGGUUCAAUCAAAGAGAGGCUGUACGUAGCCUCUCACAUCAAUUGGUUUCAGAAUCCAAAGUCACAAAAUGGCAAAAAAAAAACCCAAUGAAAAUGAGAUUAAACGAAAUUCCCAGGUUAUCUCGUGUCCUUUACAGGCAUGUUUAAUUGAUUGGCUUGAUCACAAAGAAGUUGUACAAGAAGUUGAAAUAAGAAUGUCUAAUGACUGGAACAAUCACACACAGAUGCCUUGCUUACAAAUAUCCACGGGGGGGGGGGGGGUGCAUGACUGUGUGAUUGUUCUAGUCAUUUUUAUGUUAUUCUUCUGCAACGUCUUAGUGAUUAAGCCAAUCCCUAAAACAUGCCUGUGAUGGACAUGUGUGAUAAACUGGGAAGUUUGUUUAAUACCAUCUCAUUUCAUUGGUCAUUCUUUUGCCAGUUUGUCACUUUGGAUUCUGAAACCCCUUUAUGUGAGGGUCUAUGGUCUUUGUGAUUGAACCAGUCUUUUCAUCUUAGUAAAGAUUAUUGAAGCUAGCCCGUGUAAAAAAAUGGUAAUUUUGACUGAGUGGAAUGUUUGCAGUGCUCUUAUAAAGUUUAUCAGUUUCUUUUGGAAACCAGCUUAUUUCAUUGGUUCUUGGACUCCUUGUAUGAAAUGCACAUUUGUCAGGUUAUUUGAACUAGAUAUAUCCUAAGAACUUGUUUAUAUUUUCCAUGAUACCCCGGUAUUUGGAAAUAAGCCACUCUUAAAAUCUUAAAGAUACAGAAAUAUAUUUUAUAUAUAGGUACAUUUCAUUCAAAAAAGAUGUUAUGAAUUUUUAACUCACAAGGUGAGUUGAAACAUCAUUCCAAAAUCUUGAUUUUUUAGGAGCUACGUACAUGUCUAAUAACUGCUCUCUGUAGGUUCUUGUAUGUCAAAAAAAAAUUGAAUUGUGGGCAAAUCUGUGCAUAUCAAAUUGGUAUGAAUAAGUGCUCUGGUGUCUUUCAAAGUGCAAAGUUAUGAGCAUCUGAAAAACAUCCAAACUUUGAACACAUUUAUCUUGAAAUUGUGUUUUCGAGAUUUAGGGAUCAGCCUGGUUUGUGCCUGUCAUUACCCCUGAUGAUAAGGGCAUCUGCAGAGUAAUGAAUAACCAAACUGCAUGUGCAGUUGCAUGACUUUAGGUUGGAUCCAUUAUAUUUGUAUCUUGAUUUUUCUUUUAUUACAAAAUGGCUUAAUUAUGGAGCUAGUCACACCCUCCCAUGCACGUAUUUGUUAAACACAUUUUAUUGUAUUGUUAGUGCCUUAUUUGUGAUAAUUGGAUGUUACAAGUGUAGAUUAGUUAUGUUUGUCAACUGUGUCACUUUUCCAUAUUCAUAGUAUAUAAAUCUAUACUUGUUUGUAUUGUAAGUGUAUGAUGUAAACGAAACAGGGAAUUGUACAUUUUUAUGAACUCAUCGGGCAUUACAAAUUCAUUCUAGAAUCACCUUGUACAGGUUUGCUUAUAAAAUGUACUAUCAUUCUGAAAUGUACUAAAAAUAUUCCAAUUUUUUUUCAUUGUAUAAAAGUACUUUUUUCCCCAUUCAGUCCAGCAAAAUUUCAGAUAAUUCGGUUAAAUUAAAAAAUUAUUUCUGGCCAAUUGACUGAUAUCAAGAAUAUUUGUUCAUAAUUACAAAAGCAUAUAUUUAGAUAUGAUAUUUGUUUGAGGAGUUCAUCAGAUUUCUCAAAUUAUAUGAAAUUAUUAACAUGUUUCCAAGUCCUUAUAUUCCAUGAAACUUGUUGAUAAAAAUAUUCAUGAAGUAUCAGCAAUUUUGUGAGUAAAAUUCCAGGUCAUGAAUCAAGGCUAAAUGUCAUUUCAAGUAAAAAAUAUGUAUAUAAAUUUGUAUUUUUCCCUAACUAGAAAAGUCAAUGAUGACAUCCUUUCAUUAAACAGGAAAAAGAAAAUAUUGAAGCUUGUGUAACAAGUUUGUGAUCAAAUUUUUGACCUUAGAUUUCAAUAUUCAUAGAACAAGGCCACUUUUCUAUUGGGCUCAUAUUUAUAGCAGUUCAUGCAGGAAUAAUUGAAAGGGAUACUAACAAUUUUCAAUGCAUAUUACAAGGUCAUUUUUGAAAACGGGAUGAAAAUCAGGUGGAUUACCUGUUUAAGGCCUUCUAACAACUGACUAAUAAUUGCUUUUAUUCAUUCUGCAGCAAAUUUAUAACAUGGAAUAUCUGCUUAAGUUUCCUUCUUGGGGCAUUGACCGUGUGUCGUUUAUUUUUUCUUGACAUUCCAAGCCUUACGUUAUGUACUAUGUAGAGCAGGUUGUGAAGUCUGUUGUGGCCGGGGGCAGGGCCCGUCAAAGGGCCCAGGAAGCUCUCUGGUACAAUCUGACCCAUAUAUGUAUUUUGGGAGCAUUUUCUCUUUUAAAAAAUUAAAUAUAUGAAAAAAUAAGUUUUAUAUAAAACACACAAAAGUAGACCAAAUUUCAAAAUGCAGAAAGAGUAAAUACGGAAAAUUGUAUUUACUAAGUAUAUUUACACAUAUCUAGAACUGAGGAGACAGAUAAUGUAUUGUAGUAUAAGUAUUUAUUUUAAUUAAAGUUGAGUUGUAUAUUGUCAACUCUAAUAAUUAAAGUAUCUUGUGGUUGUGUCACGAUCAGUGAGAAAGUGACACUCUGUCAGCCACAAGUUGCUGAAACGUUAGUAUGCACUGGUGCAAAUAUUCAUUGGGUAAAGUGCUACGGUAUGAACUCUUUAAAAUGUUUAUUGUGGAAAUGCAAUUAAGUUGGUUACUAUCUUUCUUAAUAUCACCUAACAAAGUAGAACAGACAGAAAUUACUCAAAACACACUGAAACUUGCU